UGGCAGCACUGUUAAAUUUUCAAAAAAAUUUAAAAACAUAUUUCCAAAAUGCGUUUGACUUUGGCUGUUUUGGGAAAUUUUACGCAUAAAUUAAAAGAGCUGCGUAUUAUACUGGAUCCAGCUAGUGAUGCUUCCAAGGGUGCCAGGGAAUUUGUGCAAAGGUUUUAUCCCAAUCUGAAGAGAGAUAAUCCACAGUUGUCUAUUUUAGUAAGGGAAUGCAAUGGUAUACAGCCCAGAUUAUAUGCCCGUUAUGCUAAGGGCAAGGAGGUAUCCAUAUCUUUGACUAAUCAGGAAGCACCAGAUAUAAAAAAGCAGUUGGACGCUUUUGGCAAAUAAAUGUAAUGUAAUUAAUACACAGAAAUAUACAGCAAGGCCGUAAGCAAA